UUGUCCAUGGGAUACCGGAGGACAAGAAGGAGGAUGUGGCCAACACUGCAGUGCAGGUGAUCACAAAGCACACCAAGGUGCCUGACUUGUUCUGCAGACAAGACAUCGCUCGCAGCCACAGGAUGGGGCGCAUGGGUGACAAGCCGAGGCCCAUACUUGUCAAAUUCAAGGACUUGGCUCUCCGGAACACGGUUUGGUACUCCAAGGCAAAGAUGAAGGGCAGCGGAGUCACUCUCUCUGAGUUCCUCACCAAGCCGCGACAUGAAGCAUUCAUGGCGGCUCGGGAGCGGGUCGGCGUGAAGCAAUGCUGGACGCGGGACGGCUGCGUGGUGGUGCUGGGAGCCGAUGGCAAGCAGCAUCGCGUCGUGACGCUCGCUGAGCUCGACCAGGUUUGUCCGCCGACCAGUCAGAACGUCGGUCAGGCGGCGCCAAAGGCCGCCAGCAGCAAAGCACCGGACGUGUCGUUGGCAUCCAGCAGAGCGAAGAGAGUCGCAUCAAGGAAGUAAUGGUGUGGUGUGCGCUUGAUAAAAUUUAUUUUUCCUUUUAGUUUUCGACACAAACUUAUACCCUCUUUUAUUAAUUAAUUUCUUUUUGUGUUGUUGAUAAUAUGCAUGCAUUAUCUGUGAUUGUCCGUUUCGUUUUAAAUGUCAAUGUCAAAAU